UUUUCGCCUGUUCUUUUUAAGUGACUUAACAUCGCCAUUUUAACUUGGUUUCUUCCUGAACUUUUCAAGGGUUUACGAUUUUCAUUGGUAUUGUGAAUUAAAUCAAUAUGGGUGCUUGUUUGGCAGUGGGUUCCCUUGCCAGUUGUGCCUCCUGUUUGUGCGGCUCGGCCUCCUGCCUCCUGUCAUCAUGCUGCCCUUCAACGUACAACUCCACCAUGAGCCGGCUGGCCUUCUCCUUCCUGCUGCUGCUCGGGACUCUGGUGUCAGUUAUUAUGAUUCUCCCUGGCAUGGAAGAACAUCUUAAAAAGAUUCCAGGUUUCUGCAUGGGUGGCACAACCAUACCUGGCAUAGAGAACAAGGUGAACUGUGACAUCAUUGUUGGCUACAAGUCAGUGUACCGCAUGUGCUUCGCCAUGGCCUGCUUCUUCUUCCUCUUCUCUGUCAUCAUGAUCCGAGUGCGCAGCAGCAAGGACCCCCGAGCUGCCGUCCAAAAUGGUUUCUGGUUCUUCAAGUUCCUGGUGCUGGUUGGCAUAACUGUGGGAGCUUUCUUCAUCCCAGAUGGCAUCUUUAACACAGUGUGGUAUUACUUCGGCAUGGUGGGCUCUUUCAUCUUCAUCAUCAUCCAGCUCAUCCUGCUGGUGGACUUCGCCCAUUCCUGGAACCAGUCUUGGCUGGAGAAGGCAGAGAACGGAAACCCCAAGUGCUGGUUUGCAGCUCUGCUGUCUUUCACCUUUGUCCACUAUGCCCUGGCUUUUGCUGCUGUCGUGCUCUUCUACGUGUUUUACACCAAACCUGACGACUGCACGGAGCACAAGGUCUUCAUCAGCCUCAACUUCAUAUUCUGCAUCAUUGUGUCCAUUGUGGCCAUUCUUCCCAAAGUUCAGGAGGCUCAGCCCAGCUCAGGCCUGCUCCAGGCCUCCCUCAUCUCCCUCUACACCAUGUACAUCACCUGGUCAGCCAUGACCAACAACCCCAACCGGCAGUGUAACCCUAGUCUGUUGAGUUUGGUCCAGCCUAGUAGUCCAACUCCACCACCAGGGCCUGCUCCUCCUGCCCCAGCAAACGUCCAGUGGUGGGACGCACAAGGCAUCGUGGGACUGAUCAUUUUCUUGUUCUGUACUCUUUACGCCAGCAUCCGCUCCUCCAACAACGCCCAGGUGAACAAGCUAAUGCAGACUGAGGAGGGCCAGGGUCUGACUGCUGCCGACGAGGCCGCCACAGGGGAGGACGGAGUCCGACGGGCUGUGGACAAUGAAGAGGAUGGAGUCACCUACAGCUACUCCUUCUUCCACUUCAGCCUCUUUCUGGCUUCUCUCUACAUCAUGAUGACCCUCACCAACUGGUACCAGCCAGAGACCAACUACGACGCCAUGCAGACCACCAUGCCGGCCGUCUGGGUGAAGAUCGGCUCCAGCUGGCUCGGCUUGGCCCUCUACUUGUGGACCCUGGUGGCCCCGCUCGUGCUCCCCGACAGGGACUUCAACUAAAAAUGGUGAAGUCUUUCAACACUGGCUGAUAGCCUCUUGCUGUUUCCACCUAGGGGGGAAGAUAGCUUUAACUUCAGAUAGUUCUGCUUGAAUGUAUGAUUUGCUCACAGAUCCACAUUUAAAAUUGUAAACUGAAAUGAUAAGAAGCUUUGUUUUUGAUUGUAAGACACUGCACGUGUUACCCAAAUGCUGAUUUUUGUGGCUUGAGUUGAAACAUUCAGUUUUGUAGAGUCUGAGUUGAGUUUUAGUCACAAACACCAGUUAUUUGCCUCAGGUUAUUUUCCUCCACUGUUACAAAUAUGAGAAUUAAGAGCACUACAUGCCUUUAUUAGACAAGACCAAAUGAAUCUUAAACUGUAUAUAGGAAAUUUAUAUCUUGGCUUUGUUUCACUACAUUCAGGAUGUCUGUCCUUUUUUCAAUUAUUCCCUUUAAAUCAGUCUGAAAGGUGCUGUCCAAAUGUAAUUCAUCUAGUUAUGCGUUUUUACUGUCUUUUGUUCUAGUGCCCAGUUUAUAACACAAGUGCUUUAUUAUAUUUUUUGCACAAGUUAUUCAGAGGGACCAUUUUUUAAUAUCUUUUUAUGACACUCACUUUUUUGUGUAAAGUUGCUUCAACAUAUGUUCACUUUUCUUUAUUACCAAUAAAGCUGACGUUCUGCUGAAUGUAUUAAUCAGAGUGUAGACAGCAGCUCUGUCCAGCAGGUGGGACUAUUGUCCACCUAUCUACACUGUUCCAAUGUAGGAGACUUGCCAGAUUUCAUGAUUCUGACAUAAAUGGUAUAAGAUCACUAAA